UAAUAGUAUUAUAAAACUUGUUUACAUGAGUAAUACAAACAGUGAUAGUAGUAGUGGUGGUAGUGGUGGUGGUAGUAGUGGUGGUAGUAGUGGUGGUAUUAGUGGUGGUAUUAGUGGUGGUAGUAGUGGUGGUAGUAGUGGUGGUAGUAGUGGUGGUAGUAGUGGUAGCAGUAUUACCAUUGGUCUCAGAGAUUAUGAAAUACAAGCCAUGGUAAUUGUGCGACCAUUCAAUUAUGAAACCAAUAAACCAUUUGGUAGAGGAACGGGAUAUAUAGCCGACAACAUCAACAACUAUAUCGUAAGCAACAGUCAUGUGGUCAGAGGAUCAGUUAAAGUGGAGAUUGAAUUAUACAAUCUCUACUCAAUAGACAAACUGUUUGGACAACAAUCGGGAUCAGAAAUGUUUGCAAAAAAAAUUGAUAAAGUAUUCGGUGAUGUCGUAUACGUUGAACAACACACCGAUAUGGCGUUCAUACAACUCCGGGAUGUACUGCCCGAUGUUGUACCGCAGCUCGAGUUGGCCACCGAUUUGCCUGAAUGUGGUGAACCGGUAGUUGCUAUGGGUAGCGGUCACACCGAUUAUACGCCAAUUGACGGUAUAGUGUCGAUGGUAACGGUACCGACAAUCAACUACUGGUAUAACUGUUACAGUAUGGACAUUGGCGACAACGUACAACUAGUCUAUCAUACGGCUUAUACUGUACCCGGUUAUUCUGGUUGUCCACUAAUAGAUAGCCAAACCAAAGUAGUGGCCACUGGUUUUUGUCACGUGGCCUACGAACGUGAUGUGGCCGCCGGUGAUGUCUUAGGUUUCAUUCAACGAGCAAAACUCUAUAGCCAUCAACAACUAUCAGUUAAUAGACGUCAAAAACUAGUGGAACAGUAUAUAAAAGCACCGGGAGUUCAAAUGAUAGGAAUUGUAGUGUCAGAUAACAAUAGUAUUAUAAAAUCGGUUUAUAUGAGUAAUACAUAUAACAGUGAUAGUAGUAGUGAUAGGGGUAGUGAUAGGGGUAGUGAUAGGGGUAGUGAUAGGGGUAGUGAUAGGGGUAGUGGUAGUAGUGAUGGCACUAAUAAUGGUGAUAAUAAGGAUAAUUUAAUGCAAAUUUUGAAAGAGUAUGAAAUACAAGCCGUGGUAAUUGUGCGACCAUUCAAUUAUGAAACAAAUAAACCAUUUGGAUUGGGAACGGGAUAUAUGGUCGACAAUACCAAUAACUAUAUUCUAACCAAUUGUCAUGUUGUCAGAGGAUCGGCUAAAAUGGAAAUUGAAUUAUACAAUGUCUACGCAAUGGAUAAAUUAUUUGGACAACAAUCGCCACAACAACAACAACAACAACCAUCACCAGAACUGUUGGCAGAAAAAAUAGAUAAAGUUUUCGGUGAUGUCGUAUAUGUUGAACAACACACCGAUAUGGCGCUCAUACAUCUCCCAGAUGUACUGCCCGGUAUCAUACCUCAGCUAGAGUUGGCCACCGAUUUGCCUGAAUGUGGUGAACAGGUAAUUGCUUUGGGCAACGGUGAUACAGAUUUUACGCCAAUUGACGGCAUAGUGACAAUGGUAUCGGUGCCGACAAUCAACAACUGGUAUAACUGUUACAGUCUGGACAUUGGCAACAAUGUACAGCUAGUCUAUCAUACGGCCUAUACUGUACCCGGUUAUUCUGGUUGUCCACUGAUAGAUAGCCAAACCCAUGUAGUGGCCUCGGGUUUUGGUUAUGUGGCCGAUGAGUUUGAUGUGGCCACCGAUGAUGCGUUAGGUUUCAUUGAACGGGCAAAACUCUAUCGCGAUAAACAACUAUCAGUUAAUAGACGCCUAAAACUUAUGAAACGGUAUGCAAAAGCACCUGAAGAUAAACUAAUGGGAAUGGUAUUGACAAAUACAUUUGAAAUUAUUACAGUUUUGCCUGACUGUCCGAUCAAAUUAUUGUGGUUACGAUCAUCAGCUAUAUUACCAAUACUAUCCACCAUUUGGUACACAAAACAUGGUGUACCACAAGUGAAUCAAUUGAUAAAAUUAUUGAACAAUAGUAUAAUAUCAAUAAAACCGGUUUAUUUGACUAAUAUAGACAGUGAUGUUAGUAGUGAUGGUAGUGGAGAUAGUUGUGAGAGUGAUAGUGGACAGUAUGCUGGAGAAGCUAAUAAUAUGACAGUAUAUUUGAAAGUUCUUGAAAUGCAAUCAGUAGUAGCUGUCAGACCAUUCAAUUUUAAAGACAAUAUAUUUUUCCCUAUCCAUGGAACGGGAUAUAUGGCCGACAAUACUAACAACUAUAUCGUAACCAAUAGUCAUGUGGCGGAAGGAUCGGCUAAAAUAGAGAUUGAAUUCUACAAUAUCUACAAAAUGAAUGAACUGUUUGGACAACAAUCCGUAGUGUCGUUAGUGUCGGGAAAUGCAGAUAUAGAGCGGGUUAUCGGUGAUGUCGUAUACGUUGAACAACACACCGAUAUGGCACUCAUACAACUGGUUGAUGUAUUGCCCGGUAUAUUAGAUCAGCUUGAAUUGGCUACAGAUUUACCAGAAUUAGGUGAACCGAUAUUUAUUUUGGGUAACGGCGAUAUACACUUCACACCAAUCGAUGGUAUAAUAACGAGAGUAUCGGUAUCGACAAUCAAUAACGGAUAUGAUAUAUUUGGUUUGGAUAUUGACAACAAUAAACAACUGGUCUAUCAUAAUGCCAAAGCUAUGGCCGGUUAUUCCGGUUGUCCGGUAAUAGAUAGUCAAACCAGUCAAGUGGUCGGCACAGAGUUUGCAUACGUGUUUGGAGAGUUUGAAGUAGCAAUUAAUGAUGUGUUAGGUUUCAUUGAACGGGCAAAACUCUAUCGCGAUAAACAACUAUCAGUUAAUAGACGUCAAAAACUUAGGAAACGGUAUGCAAAAGCACCGGCAGAUAAACUAUUGGGAAUGGUAUUGACAAAUACAUUUGAAAUUAUUACAGUUUUGCCUGACUGUCCGCUCAAGUAA